AUGGCAACCAGGCACCACUGCACCACCAACGGCGGCAUCGGAAACCGUCGAGCUGCCCGCAAUGCAGUAUUCCAGGAGAAGAUCCGCCAGAUGCGUCUGCCACUUGCCCCCUUGGUGCAGAUGUCCACUGGAGCCGUUCAUCCUCAAUACCCCGCAACACUGCUCAACUUCUGGCUCCUCACUGAGUCCCAGCUGGACGACCUCGCGCGCUUCUACCACCAGUGCUCCCCUUCGCCCUGGUCGGGACAAUACCCUUGCCCCAUCACGUGGCGUGAGGGCCUCACCCUCGAGGAGAAAAGAAGGAAGAUAGGAAAGUUCAUCGGUCUCAGAGGCUGCGAUACCCCCAUUCGGAUACGCAUCAAGACCGAGGAACAAAUUAUGGAGGAAGCCCGACAGGCGAGAAUAGCUGAGGACGAGGAGGCCCUGAGAAGGAAGAUGCCGUGGUACUCAUGA